UGCAGGAUUUAGUUUGUGUAUUGUGGACAACGUAUAAUUGUUUCGUUGAGGUUUUUGUUUUUUGUUGUGGAAUUUCUUGUUUCGCGGGUGUUGUAAUAAAUAGUAAGGUAUUGUGCACUUAUAAUUGUGUAAAAAUAUGAUGGUGUAGCUAUCACACUUUUUUCACUGAGGUUUUAUCUACUGAUGCUCUACGUAGGGAUGGCACGGGUCAAAUCUCACGUGAUCCACGUACGAAACACCUUAAGCACAGGUCACGUGAAUAGAAACCCCUUUGGAAGUGUAGUUAUUCGGUGGUAA